GGAAACCCUCAGCCAGCUGCGGUGGUUUUGGAAUAUAAUCCAGCGAUACCGACUGUGACGGAGCCCGUACAGAUUCACCUCUCUUGAAACGGACCGCAUCGAGCCGCUGCAGCCACAGAGGCGACUUCGCCAUCAUUCGCAGGAUGUCUGCUGGUCAUUUCCUUCUCACUCUGACUUGCUGACUUGCAAUUGGAUAGCUCGUUAAAACAACGCCAGGUGAAGCCUUCGAGGAGAGAAACAGUGAAGCACAGUGGAGGAUACAUUAUGUUGUGGGACUGUUUUGCCCUGUUUGGAAGGAAUCAUGACAUUUGCGCAUGACCAAGGGCUUUUACAGCCAAAUUCGCUCCCCACCGUUUGGGCGGAAGAUCAUGUGUCUUUCAGUGCAGUAAAGCGCGUAAGAUUGCAUCAAAAGCACAAAGCAUCUCAAACCCAUUGAAAAAUACUGGAAAAAGAUGAACUCGGCCAGGAAAGAAGUCCUACGAGCAUUCGAGAGUGGGAAAGACUGCUAGCUGACUUGCGCUCGAAGCUUCAAGACUCCUGUCACAAACGUUUGGACAAAAAGUUGUACUUCAGCAGCAAAAUAUUUAGUAAGUCCUGUCCAGUCUCCAGUCGACGCGCUCACAAAUGAGGACAGAAUGAAGCCAUUGUUCCUUCUGGAAGGCCGGCGACGCUGCCGGUGAGCGUGUGCGGUGACAUCAUAGCCUCGCGUAAACAUGUGCAACACAUUGGAAGCCCGUGAGAAGCCCCGCGUGUCAGCGCGAGCUUCAGCUGCCCCCUCGUCAAUCGUCUCUAUUGAUUUCUUAGUGCUGCGAGGUCACGGUAAGCCCAUAAGAAAAGUCAUCGGAGACGAGGGGAUCCGCUUUCGCUUUCCCGUUGGCCGGAAGCGUCGACGCUGUGGUUGUUACGGCAACAGCGAUCCUGAUCAUUUCCUGUGAGCCGUGUCGGAUGUCACGUGUCAGGUUGUGCGGUUUUGUCAUCUUGAAGCACUUAGCGCUCAUCUUUGAAGUGUGUGUGUGUAGGUGUGUUUUCUCUCUGUGUCCUGUCAAGCUGAAGAAGUCUUUGGAAAAACAUCCGCCUGGCACUCCGCAGCCGACUUGACCUUGGACCUCGUGUUUGGCGCCCGGCGACGCAUGUACGACUCCAAGGCCUCGUGGCUGAACACUUUGGCAAACACCUGCGUGCACGGAUGAAUGAAGACGGAUCAGCAUUAGCGGGUCGGCUAUCGGAGUCUCGCUCAAGGACGCCGCGGAUCGGGAGAUCUUUUUGAGAGCACACACUUUUUUCCCCCUCUGGUCACCACAACGGAUCCACUGAUGAACCCGCAGAGAUGAUGUACAACUUUGUUCUUUGACUCGUGCAAAAAUGCUGAAAACGGCCUGAUGGAAGAUGUAUACAAUCAUGGAUUCGUUUCUGUACAUUGUGACAUGCCUCCACGACGUUUGCACGGAGAUCCAGACAAGAUUGCCGGAACUUGUCCAGGCGAAAAGUAGCCGCGGGAGUUCAUCGAGACGAUUUCCGCCACCAACAAAAGAGCGGCUCCGUGAAGACGGCGGCUGCGAGGGAGGACAUCCGGCCGGCUCUGACGUCACCCACUGAUCUGCGACUGAGAAAGGCGACGAGGGUCGUCAACUUGUAAUGGAGCCCCAAAAGAAGCUGAUCAACGCUGCAGAGGACUGCGUGGACGAGGCUCUGUGCGGCCUGGUGAGGGCCUCCGGCGGCCUGUCUCUGCUGCGGGGCCACCGGGUGGUGUUGCGCUCAGACCUGGAUCCGGUGAGGGGCAAAGUGGCGCUGCUGGCAGGAGGGGGGUCAGGACACGAGCCUGCGCACGGGGGUUACGUGGGCGCCGGUAUGCUGUCGGCGGCGGUAGCGGGGGCCGUGUUUGCGUCUCCGCCUCCCGCUAGCAUCCUGGCUGCCAUUCUUCGCCUGCACAGUGCAGGAGCGUCCGGGGUCCUUCUCGUUGUGAAGAACUACACGGGAGACCGCCUCAACUUUGGGCUGGCCGCAGAGCAGGCACGCAACCACGGCGUGGAUGUCGACACGGUGGUCGUCGCUGACGACUGCGCUUUCGCCUCCCCCAGUAAGGCCGGGAAGAGGGGCUUGUGUGGCACUAUUCUCAUUCACAAGCUGGCAGGUGCCUUAGCCGAGGAAGGCUGCUCAUUGGUCCAAAUUGUUACCCGGGUGACAGAGGUUUUACAGGGCACAGGGACACUGGGAGUCAGCCUGUCUCCGUGCAGCGUUCCGGGCUGUCGGCCAUCGUUUGAGCUUCCUCCCGGAGACAUGGAGCUCGGCCUGGGAAUCCACGGGGAGCCUGGGGUGAAAAGAUCCAAGGUGGCGUCUGCGGACGAGGUGGUGUCAGCCAUGAUUGAUCACAUGACCAACGCAGCGAGUCAGUCGUCCUUGCACCUGAGGACGGGUGACGCGCUGGUCGUCUGCGUGAACAAUCUCGGCGCGCUGUCACGCCUGGAGAUGGCCGUUGUGACUCGGGCGGCCAUCGUCUGUCUGGAGAAUCGUGGGAUGCUAGUCGCCAGGGUGAUGGCCGGGUCCUUCAUGACGUCGCUCGAAAUGGCCGGGAUGUCACUGACCUUGAUGCGGGCCAGUCCGGAAAUACUCAGACUCUUCGAUGCCAAGACCAGCGCCCCCGCCUGGCCGAACCUCAGCAGCGGGUGUGCGAGUGGGCGCGCCUACCUCACAGACCCGACCACGGUGCCUGCAGGAGCUCAUGACGACAAGUUGCCCGAAGGACCCCACAGUCCCGUGAUGCGGAAGGCGUUGGAGAGGGUGUGCUCUACGCUGUUGGAAUACCAGGAGGAGCUCAACGCGUUGGACCGCGCUUCUGGGGACGGCGACUGCGGGAACACGCACGCGCAGGGGGCCAGAGCCAUUCAGGUGUGGCUCCAGAGUCAUGUGGUCCCCGGUUGCCCCGGGCAACUGUUGUCUGCCCUUGCUGCAUUGGUGCAGGAGAAGAUGGGCGGGUCUUCGGGUGCGUUGUACAGUUUGUUCCUCACGGCAGCGAGCGGUCACAUGACUGAGGGACGGAGUCAAGCUGCGGCAUGGGCCAGUGCAACGUAUGCUGGGAUGCAGGCCAUGAAAAGAUACGGCGGUGCUGACCUGGGAGACAGAACCAUGUUGGACGCUCUGUAUCCCGCUGUCGACGAGCUGAUGAAACUAAACGGCGCCUCUCCUGGCGGGGAGAUUGCCGUACUGAAAGCUGCUGUUCAGAAAGCAGCCGCGGGCGCCGAAUCCACCCGCAGCCUCGCCGCCAAGGCGGGCCGAGCCAGCUACAUCGCGGCCGAGCGCCUCACCCUGCCUGACCCCGGGGCCAAGGCCGUCGCCGCCAUUUUGAGCGCCGUGUUGGAGGCCCUCGAGGAGCCGCACUUGUAGAAACAGUCCAUAGGACGCAGAAAGAGAAACUUAGAAUUAACAUUCCACAAGAAAUAAACUGUAGAAUAAA